AUGGAGUACCACUACCACGCCGGCAAGCGCAGCGGGCUGAAUCCAAUCGAAUAUGAAUCGUCAAUCUAUCAGAAGGGCCUCAGCUAUCAACGGCCGCCUUUUACAUUUAAGCCUCUUGAGUGGGAGAGGCUCGCUGAAGAGCGGAUGUCGGCGGAUAGCAAAGGCUAUGUGGUCGGUUCGGCAGGGACGGGCGAGACCGCGAAUAAGAACAGGGCAGCGUUUGAGAAAUGGUCGAUUAUCCCAAGACGUCUCGUGAAGACCGAAAGGUUUCCUGAACUCUCGACUAAGGUUUUGGGCCGUGAAUUAUCCUGCCCUAUCGCGUGCGCACCUGUCGGCGUGCAGAGAAUCUUCAACCCAGAUGGUGAGAUGGCGGCUGCCGCCGCGGCUGCGAAACAAAAUGUUCCUUACAUCAUGAGCACGGCUAGUAGCACGCCUAUCGAGGACGUCGCAAAGGCGAAUGGAGAUGGGGUGCGCUGGUUUCAGCUUUACUGGCCGCCAAACGAGAAAAACGACAUCACGAUAUCUAUGCUGAACCGCGCCCAGAAGGCCGGCUUCUCAGCUUUAUUCGUGACUUUGGAUACUUACAUACUUGGUUGGAGACCAAGUGAUAUGGACAACGGGUAUAAUCCGUUCUUGAGAUCCGAUCAAGUCGGAGUCGCUAUAGGCUUGACGGACCCUGUAUUUCGUGAGCACUUCAAAACGAAGCACGGUAAAUCAGUCGAAGAGGACAUGAGUGCGGCAGUAGCCGAGUGGACUAAGACCGUCUUCCCGGGUCAUAGUCACUCGUUCGACGACAUCAAGUUUCUCCAGCAGCACUGGAAAGGGCCUAUCGUCCUAAAGGGAAUCCAAUCAGUCGAAGACGCUAAGAAAUGCGUCGAAAUCGGCGUUCAGGGGAUCGUGGUAAGCAAUCACGGCGGGCGACAAUCAGAUGGCGGGUGUAGCAGUCUCGGUGUUCUGCCGCGCAUUGUGGAUGCCGUCGGAGACAAGAUUGAUGUGUUGUUUGACUCCGGCAUUCGUUGCGGUGCCGACAUCGCCAAGGCGCUCGCACUGGGCGCGAAGAGCUGCUUGAUCGGACGGCCAUAUAUCUACGGGCUUGCGUUAGGCGGUGAAGAGGGCGUGUCGCAUGUGCUAAAGGCACUCCUCGGAGAUUUGGAGCUUACUUUACAUCUAGCCGGGAUAAUCUCGUCAUCUCCGGAGCAUCUGAAUCGACGCGUUCUCGUCAGGGAAGACGAACUGUUUUAA